UUCUAAAUUUGGCUAUUGGAGUAACUAAACUGGUUAAUAUUAUUAAAAAUAUCAAAUUUAGAAAAUUAUGUCGGUCUGUUGUAGAAAUUUUUAAUGUCUCAGCUUCACUCAAAAAAUUUUUCCAAGGAUGUUUGAUCAGAACAAAAUGGACACGCCACAGACAAAUUAUGUGCUCUAUAAUAAUCCAAUAUUAAUUGAACAAAGUUUUGGAGAGAACAUUAAUGAGUUCACAUCGCCAAUUAUACCACAUAUGCAGCCUUCACAAACCUUUGAAUUUGGUGGAGUUUUUACCUCAAUUUUUCGUUUGGAUGCCAAUCAGCAACGUAUAGAUAAAACACAUUGGAUUUGUGAUUAUGCCGAUGACAUCUUUCAAACCUUAAGAGAAACCGAACUUAAUCGUCGCUUGGUUUGCUUUCGUUCUCAACAAGUUGGUCAACGUCCUAUAUUGUUAAAGUUGUUAAAGACUGCAACGGAAAAACAUAAACUUUCUAGAACCACGCUGCAUUUGGCUAUUUAUCUUCUCGACUGCUUUAUGGAUAACUACACUAUACGAGCAGACAAACUAACUCUGUCCGCCAUAACCUGUCUUAUAAUAGCGGCCAAAAUCGAAGAAGCCGAUGUCGAUAUGCCCAAAUUUGCCGAUCUCAAUAAAUUGCUGAAUGAAGUCUACACACUAAAUGAAUUUAAAAAUGUUGAGUGCAAAGUAUUGGGCACUUUCAAUUUCGAUUUAAUACGUCCCACAGCAGCCACUUUUGCCGAAUAUUUUGCCAAUAGUAUUAUAACCCUACAAGAUUAUCACAUUUUCAUAAAUCAUUGGAACAAUGAAAUCAUACUAAAUAACUAUCAUCAACAGCAGCAGGAUCUGCAAACAGAAAUACAUUAUGGCAAUGAAGUGAUAAUAAAUACCGGAUCAUGUAUGGUACUGAGUACACCAUGUCCCUACAACAGUUACGAGGAUAUGUUGACGACACUGAGUAAAACAUUUUUUGAUUUUAUUGAUAUUUCAUUGAGUUAUUUAAAAUUUGCCAAUGCUAGACCCUCUAUUAUAGCAUCGGCUUGUAUAGCGGCUGUAAGACAAAUGCAUGGUAUUUUCCCCAUAUGGACACCUUAUUUGAUUAAGCUGACCCAUUGUACAGCCGAUAUAAUAUCGCCAUUUGUCGAGGCCAUUUUAGCCAUUUACCGCAUACAAUGCAACACUGAGCGCUUACAGAGCCUGCAAGCCACACCCAAUACGCCCCUCUCAACACAAGGCCAUGCAACCACUAUUCUAUGUGAUAGCCCAGAUUCUGGUGUUGUAUCUGUCAAUGAUACAAAGUCCAUGAGAUCUGAUACCGAUAAUGAGGAUGCUUGUGUUGUGAGCUUGAAUAUGGACAACAACAAUGAAAUUAGCAGUGUACAGGAUGAUUCUGACGAAGAAGAAGAUGAGGCUUACCAUUGCUUAGAAUAUCCUACGUUGGCCAAGAGAAGACGCCUAUUUUAAAUGUUCAAAAAUAUGUUUUUAGCUUCUUUGGCACAAUCAUUAUUAUUAACAUGUUGUUUUACCUGAAGUCUUUAAAUUUUUCUUUUAGUUGAUAAGUUCUUUAUUUAAUUUUUUUCUCAUUUUAACAACUUUCCUACAAUUGAAUUGUAUUGCCGUUAACUAAAAUUAAUUUCUUAUAAUUUUUCUUAUAUAUAAAAAAACACACUUUUUAAAUUCUAAAUAGAAUUAUAUUCUUUAUUUGGAAAAUACAUUUUUUU